AUGCAAACUAACCACUUAAAAAGAAUCGCGCUUCUCUCCGCCAAAUUAGGGUUCUUACAUUCCGCUCAGGACACCUUGCCUUUUCCUCCUCCACUCUGCUCAUCAGUCAUCUCACUUUCCAGUUGUAAGUUUUCUCCCUAUACUGUUGGCUCUAUAUGUGAAUUUGUUGUUGUUUCUAUUAUGGGCUUUUUCAGAUUUUCUAUAGCUAAAACGGGGUCCCUUUGUUGUGUGGCUGCAAGGCCACAUGGAUCUAACACGGCCAGCCGAGACUGGUCUGUGGGACCACAUGAGCCUUACUGGAGGACAAAUUCGAGCUAUUCUCCUCCGCCAUCGAGAUGGGAUUUUUCAUUCCAGCCGGAAUCACUCUCGUUUGGGUCAAAUGAUGGCAUUCAAUUGUAUGGGUCAUCUGCAUCGUCAAAUAGCCGAGAUAGUCGAGGAUGGGUUAGAGGAAAUAACUACGCGAGUGGUCAUCAGUUUCUGGUGUCUGAUGGUAUUGGGCCGUAUUUAAGCAGCCUUGAUGUGUCACCAGCCCAACAAUGGACUCCUCCUGCUGUACAAGAAAUCAGCAUGGAUGAUUAUGAUAAUUCAAGUAGAGAUGUAGUUUUCAGACCGCUAUAUUUCUCACCAGCCAUGGAGGGAACAUCAGAUGCUAGAAACAGCGAGGGCUCGAUUUCAUCCCGUUCGGACAGCAGCUGCGACCACGAACCAACUGCCCGAACCCACCACCGCAACACUCGCCGCAGCUUCAUGCCCAAGGCCACCGUCCACCCCCUCUCCUUCUUCUCCCGUCCCGACACUGCAGACUACCGCUCCUCCCGCUGCUGCCUCUGCGGGAGGCUCCUCUCCCAGAGGUCCCCGUGUGGGUCCCGCGCGAUCAUCCGUGGCGGGGAUGCCCCCGUCGCCGCCGUCCUCGCGUGCCGCCACGUGUUCCACGCCGACUGCCUCGACCAGACCACGCACGACCCCCCUUGCCCGGUCUGCCGCGCCCCCGACGAGAGCGGUGGGCCCCACGAGAACCGUUGCAGGCCGUGGGGGUGUGAUUGUGUGCCGGUGGGUGCGAGGAGCAACGGUGGGAGUGCACUGCUCUCAUCGCUUAAGUUCAGGAAAAGUGUGUCGAUGAAGGGAGGUAAUAAUAGUGAGGAGUUUCCCGGGAAGGUGAGGAGGGGUGGGGGUGGCCCGUUUUUGCCGCGGGUUGUGCGUGGGCCCGGUUGAGGAUGGGGAAGGUGCGGUUUCGACGUGGACGAUGGGGUCGAGAGUUUGCGAGUGAUGGUGUGUUUUGAUGUUUAGGGUGUGGUUGUGCAUUUGUGAGCUGAUUUGUGUGGUUGCUGAAACUCUUUUCUUUUGUGAUUGAGGUUGUAUGUAAUUAAUUGUGAAAAUGGUUCGGUGAUGUUUAAACAGAAUUUUCAUUUGUAUAAAUAAAAAGAGGUAUUGGUAUCCUGAAAGUGAAGAAAAAAAUAGGGUAACUUACAUACCUGUACUUAUUUUCAUAUAUACGGAUGGUGAGAAGUUUUAUCAAUUAA